UCAAAAUUGGACGACUCUGAUCUUUAUUAUAUUUACCGAUAUGAUAAUCUGAUUAGGGCCGUUUUACACUCAUUGAUUGAUUAACAAUCUGUUGAAUUCAAUUUUUUUUUUCAAAUAUUUUUUAUAUUAAAACAUGAGAUAGAUGCUUAAUUACUACAAUAUUAUUAAUCACAGAUACGUUUUUUGGACUGAUGGAGAAGAACAAAGGACCAACAUGCUUUGCAUGAUCGACAAUUUCGCGGGAGAGAUAAUGAGCAGAAAGUUUCCCACUCAUCAUAGCUCGUAAAUACCCAUCUUCUUGAGCUCAUUCUCAUGCUGGAAGAGGUGCUUUUGGAGGCUGGUGAAAGAAUGGAUGAGGAAACAGGGCAACCUUCUGUUUCAUUGCGCGACAAAAUGUCUAACUGGAAAGCUCAGGCUUUGGAAGCAUACAAAAGAAAGCCAAUCUCACACUGGAUUCUUUUACUUCUGAGUGUUGGAGCAAUGCUUGUGGCAUUUCCUGCUUCAAGUCUACUUUCGCGUGUUUAUUAUGCAAAUGGGGGUACAAGCAAGUGGAUUAUUUCAUGGGUGGCAGUUGCUGGGUGGCCUCUAACUGCUUUAAUUUUAUUCCCCACUUACUUCUUUUGUAAAACUUCUCCAACUCCUCUGACUCUAAAACUUCUUGUCUCUUAUAUUUUCCUGGGUUUCUUAAGUGCUGCUGACAACCUGAUGUAUGCAUAUGCAUAUGCCUAUCUCCCAGCGUCAACUGCCUCUCUUCUGGCUUCAUCAUCCCUGGUGUUUUCUGCUCUGUUUGGAUAUUUUAUUGUGCACAACAAAUUGAAUGCUUCAAUUAUAAAUGCUAUUGUGAUAAUUACUGCUGCUAUGACCAUAAUUGCAUUGGAUUCGGAUUCUGACAGAUAUGACUAUGUCAGUGAGCAUCAGUAUAUUAUGGGUUUUAUAUGGGAUACCUUGGGAUCUGCUCUCCAUGGGCUCAUUUUUGCUCUUUCAGAGCUAGUUUUCAUUAAAUUGCUUGGAAAAAGGUCCUUCCUUGUUGUAUUGGAGCAACAGGUCAUGGUUUCUUUCUUUGGUUUUGUAUUUACGACCAUUGGGAUCAUUGUGAACAAAGAUUUUCAAGCAAUGAAAUCCGAGGCCAAAAAUUUCGAAGGUGGAGAAGUUUCGUAUAUCCUGGUUCUUGUCUGGAGUACAAUUACCUUUCAGUUGGGGGUACUGGGAAGCACUGCUGUGCUUUAUUUGGCUUCUACUGUGUUGGCUGGUGUUCUCAAUGCAGUGAGGGUACCCAUCACAAGCAUCGCCGCUGUUAUUUUGCUGCACGACCCCAUGAGUGGUUUCAAGAUUCUCUCAUUGAUAAUAACAUUCUGGGGAUUUGGUUCUUACAUCUAUGGCAAUUCCUCUGCUAGUAAAGUUUCCUCGUCGUAGCUUCUUGUAAGUAUCUGCUGCAUUUUCAGUUAUUUUUUCUUUGCGCAACAUAUAAAUGCUUGAUGAUGCAAUUAUCAAUUUUUUGCUUUUCAUCAGAUCCUGGAACUUAUCUUAGAAUUUAUAGCAUAUUGCAUGUAUAUAUAUUUAUCAAAUGAUGCUUAUAGGCUUACACUCUUGUUCAUAUAAUUUAAAUUUAUGGAAGGAGUUUUGUAAUAAAAUUCCAUAGAUUGAAUAAGCAAUAUUUGUUAGCACAAUGCUGAAAAUUUCUGGCUACUAUGGUUGUAACUUGUAAGCUAAGCAGAGGUUCAAGUUCUUUUCUGUUAGAAACUGAAUUAUUAUGUUCUUUUCUGUUAACUUUUUGGUUAAUUAGUCUUUUAAAUUUUCUA